AUGGCUACAGAAACAACAGCCUCCGGAGCAGUAGCCAUCAUCGCCAAUGGACCAGCAGCGCCUAGUGCCUCCUCGCCCUCGUCCUCGUCCUCAGAGUCAACGUUUAACUUCCCCUUCGCUGCCGCCCCAGACAUAAUUCGGUCGAAUCAGAAGGACGCAUAUUACCAAGGCGUACUACUCGAGCAGAUCUCCACAAUCCUCCGGAAAGUCUAUGGAGCUCGAAUCCUUCAUAAAUACACACUCGAGACCAAAACACUCGCCGAUAUCCUUUACCUUACUCUCACGACUCUCCGCGGCGCGCGCACACUCGGCGAGGAAUAUUGUGAUAUCCUUCAUGUCGAGUCCAAAACCCUCCGUCUUCCGGGCAUUAAGCGUCGCGCUGGUUUCAUCCUAACUACGAUUCUCGUCCCAUAUUUCCUCACAAAAUUGCUCCCGCGCUUCAGAUCACGCAUACGGCAGAAGCUCCAGUCCGGAACGGCGCAGCGGAAUGGUGAGAAACAGGGCCCGGACUCGGUGGGUAUGAAAGUGAAGAAAUACCUGCUGGAGCACCUAGACACCCUCACAUCCACGGAGAGCCUCCUUGCUGUGCACUUGGGUAUGUUCUACUUCACUGGCGCAUACUACCACCUAUCCAAGCGCAUCUGGGGGCUGAGGUAUAUCUUCACGAAGCGACUUGCGCCGCAUGAGCAGCGAGUCGGGUAUGAAGUUUUGGGCCUGCUGCUGUUGGCGCAGUUGGCUACUCAGGGGUACUUCCAUAUCUCGAAUACGUUCUCGCAUACGUCGGCUGUCACGACCGAUGAGGAGGCGGUCGACAUUGUUGCUACGGGCGGCGUACUAAGUAACCCCGAGACACAUGUCCAGGAUCAGGGCAGAGAUCGAGCGAUGUACGAUCUGGACAAUGAGAAGACUAUGCGCUUCAUGAGUGGAGAGAUGGGCAGGAAGUGUACCUUGUGUUUAGAGAAUAUGAAAGAUCCAACGGCGACGGGGUGCGGGCAUGUAUUCUGCUGGAGCUGUAUUAGUGAGUGGUGUCGUAGCAAGCCUGAGUGCCCGCUUUGUCGACAAUCUGCGCUUGUGCAGCAUUUAUUGCCGUUGAGGUGCUAA